UAUAUAUACUAGCUAACUAGAUGUGCUACUUUGUAAUUUGGAGAGAUCACUUACCAUAAAUAGUUUAGUGAUUCUAGCUAGCUUGAUAUAUUCUUAUUGUUGUUGAAUUAAUGAUGAAGAAAAGGGGUAAUGAUUUGUUGCCAUUCAUUGCAAUGGUGGUUGUACAAUUAGGCUAUGCUGGAUCAAAUGUUGUGACAAAACUAGUCAUGGAUACUGGCAUGGACCCUUUCGUCCAGACAGCAUAUAGGCCUAUAUUUGCCACGAUCUCAAUUGCACCCUUUGCUUACUUCUUGGAGAGGAAAACAAGACCAAGGUUAACACUAUCUGUACUUUUUCAAAUUUUCUUGUGUUCCAUUGUCGGGGUAACUGCGAACCAAUAUACAUUUUGUAUUGGGUUAAAAUAUACCACCCCGACGAUUGUUUGUGCCAUCGAUAAUCUAAUCCCAGCAUUCACUUUUGUCCUAGCCGUCCCAUUGGGGUUUGAAAAAUUGGGACUGAGAAGUACAGCAGGACAAGCCAAGUUGGUUGGGACAAUGGUGUGCGUUGGUGGGGCUAUGUUAUUGUCAUUGUAUCGUGGACCUGUAGUGAUCGGCCAAUUGGGAUUUCACUGGAAAUAUGCAGAAAGCAGUGACAAGAAUAUUAAUUCUGGACAUACCAACUUCCUAUUGGGACCUUUUCUACUCAUAAUCAGCAGUGUUACCUACGCAUUAUGGUUAAUCAUUCAAGCAAGGGUGAAUGAGAAGUAUGCAGCUCCGUACUCUAGCACCCUUUUGACGUUCUUCAUGGCAAGUUUCCAAUGCAUGAUCAUCAGCUUUUGCGUCGUACCAAAAGCUUCUGAAUGGGCUUUGACUCCCAUUAGAGCUAUCUCUGUUGUUUAUAACGGAACUGUAUGCUCUUCACUAGCACUCUACUUGUGCUCCUGGUGUAUAGAAAAGAAAGGUCCUUUAUAUGUCUCAAUGUUCAACCCUUUGUUACUUGUCAUUGGUGCCUUUCUUAGUUGGAUUCUGCUUCGAGAGAAAUUAUACGUUGGAAUAGUGGUGGGGUCAAUCUUGACAGUUGUUGGACUCUAUGGUUUUCUUUGGGGGCAGAAAAAAGAGAUGGAGCAAAGUCAAAAUGACGUAGAGGAAGAGGACGAGAAUGCUAAUAUAGAGGAGAACUAGUUAUGUAAAGCUGACUUGGAAUUGCAAUUAGUAGUUGAUAAUUUAGACAUGGAUGGUUUUCCACCUAGUAAGUCGAAUCAGAAUCCCCAAAUGUCCAAAACGAGCUAUGUGGGACAAAUAGGAAUUCCCUCAACUAGCAUUAAUUCGUAUAUAUGAAAUUAGUACAUUGCAUGUAUCAACGUUAGUUUCCUCCAUUUAACACUGGCCUUGAAAUCGA